AUGGCUUCUGCCGAGGUAUCGACACCUUUGAAGACCCAUCGGGGGAUCUUUUCGACAAAGACUGCUGGCGGUCGUUUGCCGCUUACCCCCUCUCCUCGCACUAGAACGACGAGCAAUGCCUCGAUCAGUUCAUCGCCCUUCACCCCAGUCCGUGAAGCUUAUGAUGGCGCUCCAGGUGCUCAGCCAUCUGUUUAUGGAGGGAACCUUGCUUCACACUUCGCCAAAUCAGUGUCCAAGACUAGGGCCUACCGAGAGUCACCAAAAUCGAAUAUUGCCCGUUCUCGGAAAUCACCAAAGCAUCUGGAACUCGGAGUCUCUGAUUGGUCUUUGACUGGAACUGGUCCAUCACAUACUCCAGUUAAGGAACGAGUUCCAAAGAAGUCCGGCGCCACGUCGAAAACAACCAUCCGCAUUCCUCACACAGCUGGCGAUCGAUUCAUUCCAAACCGAAUGGCGAGUGAGGGCUUGACAACAGCUGGUGCUGCAAAGCCAGAAGAGAACCAGCGACCUAAGACAAGCGACGGUUCGGCAGUCCUAGCCAAUGCCGCCAGUGCCUUUGAUAUCAGCAGCCGUAGCUCCGAUGAGGAUCUUACCGCUGCUCUUGAGAAUCUUGGACUCGAUGAUAACGACCCCUCAAGCACAUAUGCACGACCGGCUCCAGAUGCCGUGGCUUAUGAAUCAUCACUGGCGAAUGCCUGUGGCGUGAAACUCAAUACACGUAUCCUAGCCUUCAAGCCUCCUCCACCAGAGUCUUCCAAGCCCAUUGACCUCCGUGCUCAGUACAAUCGUCCGCUCAAACCCAGCAGUGCCCAAUCUGCUCAGUUCCGUCGCCGCGUCCAGACUGCUCCAGAACGUGUCUUGGACGCACCCGGAUUGCUGGAUGACUACUACCUCAACCUCCUCGACUGGAGCUCUGGCAAUCAAGUCGCAAUUGGCUUGGAGCGAAACGUUUACGUGUGGUCCGCCGACACUGGUACAGUAAACUGUCUUCUUGAGUCAGCGCCUGAUACAUACAUCAGCAGUGUCAAGUGGAGUGGUGAUGGAGCCUAUGUUGGUGUUGGUCUAGGAACAGGUGAGGUACAGAUCUGGGACGUUGAGGAAGGCACCAAGCUGCGUAGUAUGUACGGGCACGAUACCCGUGUCGGUGUGAUGGGCUGGUCCAAACACACACUGUCUACGGGCGCAAGGAGCGGUCUUGUGUUCAACCACGAUGUGCGCAUCGCUCAACACAAAGUCGCAGAGCUUGUGUCUCAUACCUCCGAAGUUUGCGGUUUAGAAUGGAGAUCGGAUGGAGCGCAACUAGCCACUGGAGGCAACGACAACCUCGUCAACAUCUGGGACGCACGAUCUCUGAGCGCACCCAAGUUCACCAAGACCAACCACCGUGCUGCUGUCAAGGCAUUGAGUUGGUGCCCGUGGCAACUCAACUUACUCGCAACUGGAGGCGGUUCCUAUGACCGACACAUCCACUUCUGGAACACUACAACUGGCGCCCGCACUAACAGUAUCGAUACCGGAUCGCAAGUAACAAGUCUCCGCUGGAGCAACCACUACCGAGAGAUUGUUAGCUCUAGUGGAUUCCCCGAUAACUCGUUGAGCAUCUGGAGCUAUCCAACAUUGGUUCGCAAUGUUGAAAUCCCUGCUCAUGAGACUCGUGUCCUACACAGUUGUUUGAGCCCGGAUGGCCAAAUGCUCGCAACGGCCGCUGCGGAUGAGAGCUUGAAGUUCUGGAAGAUCUUUGAACGCAAGCCUGGCACAAGUGCCGCUGCUGCUCGUGAAGGAGGUGUAGGCAGCAAAGCUCAAAUGACCAAGUCCAUGACUAUUCGAUAG